UGGGAGCAAAAGAUUCGGCGAGCAAAACAAACUUGUUGACUAUUGACAUCAUCCCGGUGUUGUGACAUUGAAUUUUAGUUUAGCAAAAAUUCUGAGUAAUUUUUGGGAAGUAAUUUUUCUGAAAUAUUUUCAUAAUGAGAUGGCCCUCUGUAUCAAUGUUAUUAUCUGGUAUAUUCGUCUCUUAUAUUCUUUAUUCUAUAUGGACUUUAGCACAAUUAUUUAUUCCACCAUCGUGCAAAGGAGGCCACCAGUGCAUAAAAUCAUUUCUCCAUUCUUACCCAAAAUUUCAGCUGCUGGUGUACUCUUCGCUGAAAGUUAAUCCGUCUGUGGACAAGGAUGUGACGCUCAUUCUGGACGAGAUGGACUUUGAUUACAACUCGCCGCUGGAGAGGACCCUGUCCCUGGAGCUGCCCGCGGAGACGAGGCGGAACGGCACCCUCUUCAUGCACCUGUUCCUGCAGGCCAAGCGCCUGUACCACUGGGAGUUCUGGGAGCUGCUGCAGGAGCCCACCACGGCCUACCUGCGGGUCAAGCUGACCCAGCUCCGCGUCCCGGAGGCUGCCACCUUCCAGUUGCUCGGCUCCGCGGCGCCUCAGGAUGGGAACUUGGCAACAAGCAAAUCCAGGAAAUUGUCUGCGCCAGUGUCUCACAUCAAGUCGAGGGUGACGUUCAACGUAAUGACGGACGACAUUGUCCUACCGCAGUAUGGUUUGCCCCCAGAGCUGAUCCGGCUGAUCAUGUUAACGAGAAGUAGACAGUACCUGCCGCUUGUGCAGUACGAUUUCCUGAACAACAGGUUGAGAGACCUGGUGGAAAUAAAGGAGAAUGUGUCUCAUGUUCCAUUCACUCUCGUUUACUCGCCAGUCACCUUCGGGAAGCUCAGACUCAUGCAGCACGUGCGCACAGCACUGAAGUCGCUGCAGGAGUUUGGCUUUACCGAGAAGGACGUGGACGAGGUGAAGGGCAUCUUCGCCGACACCAACCUCUACCUGCUCUGCAUCACCAUCUUCGUGUCGGCCAUUCACCUGCUGUUCGACUUCCUGGCGUUCAAGAACGACGUGAGCUUCUGGCGCAACACGCAGAACCUGGCGGGGCUGUCUAGCCGCACGGUCGCGUGGCGGGCGUUCAGCCAGAGCGUGGUGUUCCUGUACCUGCUGGACGAGAGCACCUCCUUGCUGGUGCUGGUCCCCACCGGGGUGGGCAUGCUCAUAGAGAUGUGGAAGGUGCAGAAGCUGGUGCGCGUGCGGCCGACGCUGGCCCGGGGCUUCGUGCCGUGGCUCAGGCUGGAGUCGAGGGGCCGCACCGAGGCGGAGCAGCGCACCCAGCAGUUCGACGCGGAGAGCAUGCGGUACCUCUCCUACCUGCUGUACCCGCUGUGUGUGGGCGGGGCCGUCUACUCCCUGCUCUACGAGCCCCACAAGAGUUGGUACUCGUGGACAGUGCACAGCCUGGUGAACGGCGUGUAUGCCUUCGGGUUCCUGUUCAUGCUUCCGCAGUUGUUUGUCAACUACAAGCUCAAGUCGGUGGCUCACCUGCCGUGGAGGGCCUUCAUGUACAAAGCAUUCAACACAUUCAUUGAUGAUUUAUUUGCAUUCAUCAUCACGAUGCCCACGGCGCACCGCGUGGCGUGCUUCAGAGACGACGUGGUGUUCCUGAUCUACCUGUACCAGCGCUGGUUGUACCCGGUAGACAAGUCUCGUCGGGACGAGUCGUCCCCGGUUCAGCUGGAGGACUCCAAGAAGAAGGACUGAUGUCCGCGAACUCCCCCGCGAGACCGCAGGCCGCGCUGGUGGCAGCACUGUGUGGCUCCUCGCCCCGCAACUUGGAGUACUUGUCCAGGAAUUACUCCUCAGAAGUGUCGUUCUUUGUAAAACAACUCUCUCGACUCUUCUACUGAAGUUCCGUGAUCUUUGAUAUGAUUCCCUGCAGUAUUGGAGGCGUGUAAACAACGUUAACGUAAAGGAAUCUUCGCUCUCGCAGUUUUUCUCCGUAUUCACGUCGGUAAUCUCUUCUGUUCUAUCGUAUUUACUUGCAUAAGCCCCACCAUCGCGUAGUGUCCUGGCCUCUGGUUUUUAAAAUUCUGAAUGGGUUUCAUGUUACAACUACUUAAUGUCCACGUUGAACUGUACUUGGGUUUGCAGAAAUUUCUGAAGCUAUUGGGUAUGUAGUAUUAUUAUUGUUGUUGUGUGCUGUGAUAAUUUAUUAAACAGUACAUUUUUUUUUGUAAAUAAUUUAUUACAGGAAUUGUGAGUUUAAAAAAAUAUUGUGAGCAAGUAUUUCAGCACUUGCCAGUGAUGUGUAAACAUCUAACCUCAGUAACGAGCAAAUUCAUGAGGUCUCAUGUUGCAAAUAAACUUAUUACGAAUGCUUUAAAACAAUGAAAAUCAUGAUAAAUAUAUGAAAACUAUUCAUUUUAAGGAAAAAAUUGUAAAAAAUGUUUCCUCUUUUUUAAAAUCUAACUUUAAAACUGUUUAACAAGAUGAUACUAUCAUUUUUAAAGUUUUAAUUCUUUAGGCUCGUUGAGGGUGAAAUUUUAGUAUGCACCAGAGAUGCAAUGCAAUAGGUGCUCAUUACACAACAGAAAUCUGACAGCAUGCAGAAACUGAUAUAUCCACAAGCCAAAGUCCAGAUGGUGGACCCACGGGGGAUGUACUAAGUGUAUUGCUGUGCCAAAGUAAUUUUUAUACUAGUGAAACUAUUCUGGAAAUCAUUUUGUAAACUUGAAUAGUCAAAACAAAAUAUAAUAUAAACUUUAAAAAUAUGUGUGUUUUAUUAGUCAGGAAAAUCGUGUUGGGAUGAACAUCAUGUCAAAGAUAUUUAAUCUUUUGUUGGUUCUCUGAAGCAUUACGAAUGUGGCGCCAUCUUUGAAGUAUUUUUCAAACUAAAAGUUGCAGUCCAAUUGAUCCCGGAGUGGGAUUUGAUUUUCGACAAGGAAAUUGAAAUACUGCCCAUCUUGUCAAAAUUCAUUAAACAGUUUAUACUAUGUAUAAAUUUUCCAGACAAAUAUUAAUAUGAAACAUUUAAAACACACAAAACUAACUAUAGUAUGUUUGUAUAUUUGAUUUGCUUAAAUGACUGAAAUCAAUCUGUAAAUGCUUCCUACAAACCUUAUUGAGUUGAUUAAAUAUUAUUAUAACAUAAUAUCAUAUUAUAAUGUUAUUAAAAAGUUAAAAAAACAAUUUCUUUAUUCAAUGACAUUUGAACCACGGAACUUAUGCUUUAUAAGCGCACACCUUACCAAUAUGCUACCAAGAUCAUUGGGAAACAUUGAGGAGAAUAUGUGUCAUACUCAUUGUAAGCCAGUUAUUUUUAGGUCAUUUAAAACUUGGGAUUACAUUUUACAAUGACUAUUUUAGUUUACCAAAUACAUUCCAGGGUAGUUUCACAUUAUUUCAUAAAGUUUAAUUUGGCACACCAGUACGUUUAACAUUUUAUAUUUAGCAAAGUGAUGAUAUACAGGUUUAUGUUGCUGUACAUGCAUCUGCCAUCUUUUCAUGUUUUCUGAGACUUCUGUGUCCUGCACUUCCACUCCAUUUCCAUGAAAUUAGUCGUACCGAAUGCCAAAUACAGAGAGCUAAGAUGUUUACAAAUCAAAAAUUUUGUUUACUGUGCAUAUAGGUUGUGCCAGUUAUUUCUGGGUAAUGAUUUAAUGUUAACUGAAGACAAUUUUAAAUGUUUGCUAAUUUAAAGAGUUACAACAAGGUAACUUGCUUUAAUGCUGUGUCAAAGUACUAAUAUGUUUUAACAGGAAAAAAGAAUAUCUUGUUAAAUAGAUUUGUUCAUUUAAAAAAAUGUACAUACAUAAUUUAAUUUUACUAUUACAUAACUAAUUUUGAAUAGGUAUUUUUGUUCUUAAGUGUGCAAGGUGCUGAUUAAAAAUGUUCUGAAGCACUCAAAUUUGUAUCUAUUAAAUUUUAUUAAAUUAGCAAAAUAUUUAAGUUAUCUUCGACAUCGUCUUCAUUUACGGCUAAGACUUGGAUCUUCGUCUUUGCUUUGACUUUAAUUUUAAAUGGAAAAAAAAUAAUAAUAAUAAUAAUUAUCUUCACCAACCCCUAAUGUGCCCACCUAAAUUCUAGAUUUUGAGCAUUUUAUAAAAUUAUAUAUACUACGUACAUACAUUCAUUUUUUGCAGACUCUUUUGCUCCAUUUGAAAUUGUGUAAGUACUGUGUACUUUUGAGAUCGGCAGGUAGUUCGCCUCUAGCUGACAGCUAAGAACUGCAAUAGUGAAUAGACAAGUAAGGAAUCUGUUUUUUUCAGGGAUACGAAUUGUUACUAUUCACUCCAGAGAUAGGUAGGAAAAACUACUGUAGUUACUGGCACAAGACAGAUGCUCAGCUUUUCAGUAAUACAUCUUUCUGGAAGACAGCCACUUUACUUUGUGGAUGGAAAUAACACAACCAUCACGUGUGUUCGUAUCACACAAGUGAUAUAAAAAAUAUUUGGUUGCAUUUUAUGUGGACAUGCGAGUGUAAAGUAGGGCUGGUCAUUUUGUAUGUGUCCAUGCAUUUUUUUUUGCACGUUUGCGUAAUGUCUAUCUCCUGGUGUAAUUCUAGAAUGUGUCUCAAGGUCAGAGCAAACAAAGGCAGAUAAGCUGCAAAUAAAAGACGUCUGGGUUGGUUUUCACUCACCCAUAGUAAAGGAAAAUUCCUAGCUGAGUUCCUGGAAUGUAGCAUCGUGUUUGAAAGUUAUUUUGUUACUGCCUGAUUGUCAUGGAAGUUAACAACUAUGUAACUAUAAAAACACUCCACAGAACAUUACAACAACAUUAAAUGUAGAGCAGUCUCUUCGUGAACUAGCACGCAGAAGUGACCCUGAGAGAGAAACUAACACACCACUGGCUGUGGUUGUGAGUGUGAAUCCAACCGACUGUAAACAGACUCAGGGUUUCGUCAUUUUAAACCAUUCUAAAAAUAGACCUUCCCCACCACCAUGCUCUCAUAUUGGUCAUACUGCGUGCAACAACGACCACUGGAUGUGUGAUGGCACUUUAAGUACCAUCAUGCAAGACAACCAUCGUAUAAGAUAAACAGCAACUGGAAGCUCAUCAAUCCUGUGUAUUGAGCCCAAUGUUACAAGCUGGAUCAUAUGGUAAGUAUAUUUUUAGGAUAUAGCAAAUCAUAACCUAUUUUCUUUACAUUCAAUAAAAUAUUGUGAUUACAGUUUACAAAUUUCAACUUAAUUUUUACCCUGGCUGUAUUAGGUAAUUUUUACUUGCAUUGUUAUUCGUUUACAUCUUUUCGAAUGAAUUUAUCCAAACUUCCUUUGGGAGGUUAUGAAUUUUGCAUCUAUAGUGUGAUGUGUUAUUAGAACUUACAUGCAGACAUGAUGUUUUUAUUUCAGCAUCUAGCUUGAGUUGUGUGUGAUGUGCAGUUGGUCGCACUGUGGUGUGAUGAGUCUACGUUAUUGCUGUAUUUACCUGAAUGUUUGCACUUGCAACACUCGGUGGUCAAGUUUUAUCUCUGCCGUACUUAUUUAGUUCCUUUGUUGCCAUUUUCAAUAAUCCAGUGAUGUUUCCACAGUUUUUCGUGCUAUUAUUCAUUUUUAUCUUGUACGUAUGCACAAUCUUAUAAACAACCCAUCUAGUGGGACGUUAAAGUGCAGUGUUUUAAAUUACGAUAUAGUCAUUGGUUGGGUGGGCAUUGGGUUGCUUUGUUGGAGUGUUGUGAUGCAUCCAUGACUGGUUCCAAUAACACUAGAGUAUUUAUUGCUGUAUUUGUAAGUGAGAAACCUUUUUAUUGAUUCACAUGUGUGGGAGUUUAUCUUUUCAAAACCAGUUUUGCGCUGUGCAGUUUGCUUGUAAAUUCACCGUGAAAUCUCGUUACAAUAUACUUGGAAAAAAAAACUUUUUUGUACUUAAUAAUGAUAAUAGUUUUUUCGUUAAGAACUUAUAUUAGAUUAAUAAUAUUUUGUAGAGGUUUCAAUACACUAUAUAUACCUAAACGUGAGAAGUAUGUAGUUUGAAGUGAGGUCCUACUUUGUAAUGAAAUUUCACCGUACAGUCUUGUGACCAGCCGAGUAAUAAAUUUCUUUGUGAGAGAUUUUUUUUAUACUGCUUGAUGAAGGACUGCAUACCUUCAGCAAAUAUAAGGUUUGUUGUAUUAUAAUGGUGUGAAGUAUUGUACAAAAAUUUAAGGGUGAUAAGGUUGAGUGGAGUAAAAGCUGUAAAGCAUACUGUUGUCCAAGUACAGUACACUCCCUAUUUAACGCGGUUGUCGGGGGACAUAACUUUUACCCGCGUUGUUGCAUAACCGCGAUGUUUCGAUGUGACCAAGGUCAAAAGGCAUAAAACACCGCCUGUGUUCUAAUAGGUCGGCAAGCACGCACAGUAUAGACGGCCCGCCUUUGUGCGGACUUUGCAUCCGCAGUUUUCACUAAACGCGGGUGAAAAAAUAAAAAUAAUAAAUUGUAAAUAUAAUUAUUAAA